AUGAGUUUCGAGUUUGAGCUCGUCAUAAUAUCAGCCCGUAACAUUGAAGCUGGCGACGUUGGAGGGACCUCCGACGGGUACGUCAAAUUUGAAAUUGGAGGCAAGAAAAUGAAAACAAAAAUAGCCCCGCCGUCGAUCAACCCCGUUUGGAAUGAGAAGUUCCAGAUUAAGGCAAAUCCAUUAGAGACAUUGAAGCUUGAGGUGUACGACCACGACACGUUUAGUAAAGAUGAUAGUCUUGGAAAUGCGACGUUGGUCAUUCCACAGAUGGCGACGGGUGAAAUGUGGUACGACGUUCUCCCGAUAUCAAAGAAAGGCGUUUUGAAUAUAUCGCUGCAGUGCAAGAGAGGUGGACAGCCGAUGUACCGAAACUUGACUAUUGCCGAUGAGUCUAUUCUAAGGCUGGAGUUGUAUCGCCUCACACAUGUCGGGAAAAUUGGAACGAGUCAGAACGCUCGAAUCAAAAUUAAAGUACCCAAUCAGAAGGAUUUGAUAACUGACCCUUUCAUCUUCUGUGGAUCUAUUAAGCUCCAAAUGGUGGUAUUCAUUAAAGCUAAGCCUAACGAUAAAAUCGAACUUAUUGUGGAAGACGUCGGACUUUUCACCAAUUCAACGACUGACAAGACGUCCUUCUAUGUGUCGGACUACAGAGAGAACGACACAACCGUCGAACACUUCCCAAUGAAGAAAGGAGGAACGUUUGACGUCAAUAUUAAGUGCUUAAGAAGUGUCUAUCACAACGUAUUCCCACAGGCGAUUCCACAAAAGAUGGAUGUGGGAAUGGUACCUAAUAAAGUCUACAUUUAUUUCGAUAAAGCAGAGAAAAUUAAAGCCGCUGAUUUCGGUGGAACAUCUGACGCAUACGUCAAAUUCAAAACAUCACUUUCCAAAGAUAAAAAAACAUUCAUCUACCCACCAUCUGUCAAUCCAGACUGGAACCAAGCCUUCAGAUGCAAAGCGACUGUUGGGGAGAAGAUUGUUUUUAAGUUGUACGACCACGAUUUAAUUGGAAAGGAUGACGACCUCGGAAACGCAGAACUCACUGUUGCACCACUGACACCUGAUUGGAAAUCAUAUAAGCUGCCAAUUAGCAAAAAAGGAACUCUCGUUGUCGAGGUGAAAGGAGUUAGACUGAUGUCCUCGGUAUACAAAGCGAUGUUCAACCAAAUGGGUGGUGCUCCAAUGCAAGGAAUGCCGGGAAUGGCAGCUGGUAUGAGACCACAACAACCCGGAUAUCCACAACAAUCGCCUGGCUACUUGCCACAAAGUAUGUACUCACAACAAAUGGGAUACCCUCCACCUCAACAACAAGGAUACUAUAACCCACUUGCUCCACAACAACCGUACCCAGGUCAGGCAAUGCCAGUGUAUGGACAACAACCAGGUUAUCCUCCACAAGCCUACGGACAACAACCACAGGCAUAUGGUGCGUAUCCUCCUCAACAAGGAUAUGGGCAACAAGGCUACCCACCUCAACAAGGUGCUUACCCGAUGCAGGGAUAUCCACCACAAGGAGCACAACAACAAAAGCCAGGAGCCCCACCAAUUCCACCAAAACAAGGACAACAACCACAAGGUGCUUACCCACCUCAAGGGUAUCCUCCUCAACAAUAUCAAAUGCAACCCGGGCAAUCUACUCCUCAACAGGGAGCUUAUCCUCCUCAACAACCAGGUCAAUACCAACAACAAUAUCCAGGCGCUCCCCAAGCUGCCCAAAAACAAGGACAACCAAUGCCACCACAACAAGGAACUUACCAACAACCAUACCAAAAUCCUCAACAACCAGGCCAACCAAUUGCACAACAAGGAGCUUAUCCACAGCAACCAUAUGGUGCCCAACAACCACCCCAAGCAGCUCAAAAACCUGGUCAACCAAUGCCUCAACAACAAGGAACUUACCAACAACAGCCAUAUGGUGCUCAACAACCACAACAGGGUGCUUACCCUCCUCAGCCUUAUCAACAACAAGGAUACCCACCCCAACAACCUGGCCAACCAAUGCCACAAGGGCAACAACAGGGGAAUACUUACGUCCUCCCUACCGCAAAAGUAGAGAAGGAAGCACCUCCUUUGCCACCUAAGUAA